UAUACAUUAUAGCAUUGUUGUUGUUCUUAAUAAUUUGAAUUUGAAUAUUGUAUUAUAUUUAUAUAUAAAUAUAUAUAUAUAUAUAUAUAUAGAGAGAGAGAGAGAGAGGAUUGAAGGGUUUGGGAGGUCACGUGAGGGUGUGAAAUAUUAAUGCUAUGGGUAAUUGGUUUUGAUAGGUAUAUAUGGACAUAUAUUAGGGUUUUGGAGGGGUUUGAAAGGGGUUUUUGAUAAAGUGAAAAUAUGGACCAUAGGAAUUGGAAGAACCCGUGAACGGGUUUAAUUCUGUUGUGGAGCAUCUUCUACUACUAGUGCUGUAUCAAAUAUGUGCUUCCUACUUCUCUGGCCACAAGUUGCAAAACAACAAUCAAGAGUCACGAGACUCUUUCUAUAUAUAAUUGCUUUUACAUCAACACUCACCCAAUCCUUUCUACUAUUUUUUUAUUCUCUUCGUCCCCACUUCCCAAAAACUAUGUAGCAAAAAAUGGACAACCAAAACUGUCUUUCUUUCUAUGGUCUAUAUUAUUGGUAUCACAUGAAUAACUAUUAUAUAUAUAGCUUGUGGUAAACAGAGCAUGAUAUAUGUGACUUCCAGAUUGAUUUGCUUUAACUUAACUAAAAUUAAUGUCACUCACACUCAAGGAAUAAAACCAACCCAAUCGUAGUUGGAUAUGCAUACUUAUUUAUUUAUUAUUCUGCAAAAUUAAUUCUGAAUCAAUAACCAGCAACCCAACACAUUUGUUUUUUUCAUCAUAUAUGUACAAGAUCUUUAUUCAUGAAUAAAUUUCUUCAAAGCUUUCGAAAACCAAAAUUUAGACCGAACAAAGAAAACCCAUUUGGAUCGUUAUGGUUAGUGGUAUAAGGAGGUUUCAGAGUGACAAAAAGAGGAAAGUUGUGUGCCUUGUGGUUGUGGAGGAUCUGAACUGUGAAAAAACCACUUCACAAGGACAUUUCGUUUUGGCACACUUUUCUAGAGAAUUGGAGCCUCAAAAAAUGCACAAGUACUUUUAAGCAAAUCAAAAACUGAUUGAAGAUGCAUUUUGAUUUCCUUCUUUCUUUAUAUAUUUAACCUGACUAAAAACAAUAGAGAAGGAAGGAGUCACAUAAACAGCAUGAAGAUAUAAAUAGUUUUAACGUAAAAACGAAAAGGGGUAUAAAGUGGUAUAUCUGGACCACAUAAGAUUGGCUCAAAACAACAAAAAUGAAAUAGUACUGGAGAAAAAUAAGAGAGAGAAAACCAGAAAUUAAAGAGAUAGAUCUACUUGAAGAAUAAAGAAUACUCUGCCAGAUUGCCAUAGGAGACCAUCCAUCCUGUAAAAGCCCUUCCUAACCCUCCAGCUUCUCUAUGGACGAUGAUACUUUAAUCAACCAGAACUUGACACGUGUCAACCUUAUGCAAACAAACAGUUUUAUUGUGGAACUUUUUUUUUUUUUUUUUUAAGUAUAAAUUAAGAGCCUAUGCUAUGAAUUGGUCCUUGCCAGGCCAGCUUAUUUUGAGGCCAUUAAAGGUUUAACUCAUUCAUUCUUCUUUAUCUCUUUUUGCUCUUCAUCUUCCAUUAGUUUUUCAAACAAGGUCUCUGAAGGGGGAAAUUUUUGUCACUUUUCAGAGGAACUUAAGAGGAAGAAUUGCAAUAUUCUGAGGUUGCUGCUCUCAAAGUUGUAACUUUCUUUUUUUAUUUUUUAUAGUUGGAAAAUUUCCUAUAAAAGGCCUUUAAGCAUCAAUUUUCAUGGAUCACAUUCGUGGGUUUUUAGUCAUAUUGAUAGCAUUGAGUUUGAUUAUCCAAAAUUCAAGCAAUGUUGAAGGAAGAUAUCACUACCACAAGAAGCAGAAGAACAAAGGGUCCCCUGUUGCAACAUCCCCUGUUCCGUCAUCCCCUGUUCCAUCCCCUGUGUAUUCCCCUGAUCCUGACGACAAUGCUCCUCCUCCUCCUCCUCUUCCUUCAUCCCCUGAUAUUUCUCCUCCUAAAAUUCCUUCAGACCCUUAUCCAAAUGACCCUGGAACUUCCACUUCUGGAUGCGUAUUCGACGUCAUGUCGUACGGGGCGGUUGGAGAUGGUUCUGCCGAUGACACAGCCGCAUUCCUGGAGGCAUGGAAAGCCGCUUGUGCAGUAGAAUCGGGUGUUGUUUUAGCUCCCUCAAAUUAUUGUUUCAAGAUCACUUCAACAAUCUUCUCAGGGCCCUGCAAGCCAGGGCUUGUAUUUCAAGUAGAUGGGGUUUUGAUGCCACCUGAUGGGCCUGAAGAAUGGCCCAAGGCAGACAGCCGUAAGCAAUGGCUUGUGUUCUACCGACUCGACCAAAUGACUUUCAAUGGGAGUGGAACCAUUGAAGGGAAUGGCCAAAAAUGGUGGGACCUCCCCUGCAAACCUCACAGGGGUCCAAAUGGAUCAACACUGAAAGGACCAUGUGAUAGUCCUGCGAUGAUUCGUUUUUUCAUGAGCUCCAAUUUGGUAGUUAGUGGAUUGAAAAUCCAAAACAGUCCUAUGUUCCAUAUGAAAUUUGACGGCUGCGAAGGAGUUUUGAUAAACAAGCUGUCGAUUUCUUCACCAAAGCUUAGCCCCAACACUGAUGGGAUCCACAUAGAGAACACAAAAUCUGUUGGAAUAUACAACUCCAUGAUAAGCAAUGGUGAUGAUUGCAUUUCAAUUGGACCAGGCUGCUAUGAUGUUGAUAUACAGGGGGUCACUUGUGGACCAAGUCAUGGGAUUAGCUUGUUUAUAGCAAAAAUGUACCAAAGCAAAAAGUUUAACACACAAAACACAAUUUUGGUGCAGCAUUGGGAGCCUUGGAGUCCACAAUUCCCAAGCAUGUGUUUCGAACAUAACAGUUCGAAAUGCAGUGAUAAGGGAAUCAGACAAUGGGGUGAGAAUCAAGACAUGGCAAGGUGGAAUGGGAUCAGUAACAGGGAUACUAUUCGAGAACAUACAAAUGGAGAAUGUCAGGAACUGCAUAAUCGUAGACCAAUACUACUGCUUACAAAAGGCUUGUCUGAACGAAACAUCGGCGGUGUAUGUGAACGACGUGUCGUACAGGACCAUAAAGGGUACUUAUGAUGUGAGGACACCUCCAAUCCACUUUGCCUGCAGUGAUGCAGUGGCUUGCACAAAUAUAACACUCGCAGAUGUUGAGCUUUUGCCUCAUGAAGGAGAGUUGGUGGAUGACCCAUUUUGUUGGAAUGCUUAUGGGACUCA